AUGGAAGGUGUUACAGAUUCCUGCUACAUUCCUGAAUAUCAGCAGCUAGACAUCGAUGAACAAGGCGAUUUUGAUGACGCUUUUGAUCCAUUUCUCAAUGUCACAAAUGUUGAAUACGAGUUCAGGAGUAUUGUGGACAACAUGGAGGAGGACAAUGGUAAAGAGAUAUGGAGGCCGAGACAUAAAGAGAAUGACCCAACUCUAAACGGGGGUUACCCUUGGGGGGAAGGGAUCAUCCACCGAUACAUCGGUCAACCUCACUCAACCAUGAUAUGUCACUCUUAUGCCUACAUGAACGAUGUGAACAAAGGUCUGACAAAGGAUGAGCUGAUAGCUAUUGUGAUUAUGAUUCUGAUCCGAUUAAACCACAAAAAUCACAAAUCAUUCCGCAGAUCCAAAGUCCAUCCAAUCCUGCUUUUUACUUUUUUUGGAGGCCAGGUAACGAGAAUUACCCAGGCCACAUUCGACGGAAGAGACCUAGCCUUGCAAUACUCGCCACUCUGGAGAGUCACGGGCAGUGAUUCGAUGGCUAUGAAACUACUCAAGAGUUUCCCUUCUCUUGCUCAUUUCCUCUCACAUCCAGUGACUACAGAGUUUGCUACCCUCAACAUUCUUUGA